CAGCGCCGGCACCAGCAGCAGCAACAGCAGCAGCAGCAGCAGCAGCAGCAGCAGCAGCAGCAGUCGGCCGCGCCCGCAACAGUCGCGUUUCAACCGUAUCGCCGCCCGGUCGCCUACCGUCGCCCGGCACACGCGCAAACAGUUCAUAAUAUAAUAUUAUCAAUAAUAGUAUAUUAUUGUGAUAGGUGUCGAACACGUCGCCGUCGUCGUAUUAUUAUUAUUAUUGUAAUUAUUAAAUUAACGUUUGGCGAGGAUACGUCUGCGUGCGAGAUCCGGUGCCGAAAGGUUGUAAGCGAUCAAACCGUACCGCUGGGGGAAUCGCCCGCGCCGGGGGUUUUCGUUCUUCGUUUUCCUACGCGCAUGUCGACCCGGAAGGGCCGUACUACCGUCGUUUACCGGGAACAACCGUUCGUCGACAACAAUAAAUCCAACUACAUCGGUAACACAACGUAUCCGUGCGCUGUCGCGUGUGCCGCGAACAACCGCCGUUGUGAUAAUCGUCGUAACGUCGCUGUGCUGUGAAAACCCGCGAGCGCACCAUUCUACGCACCGCAGGUGACGGGCGCCCACCCGCACCUUAUACCGACGAGAUGAUCAUGGAGUCUUCGAACGCGGCCGCGGAAUCCGCAGGCUCCGGCAGCGACCGCAGCAGCAACGUGUCGACCAGCCCGCCGCCACCGCCGUCAUCGUCCGUGUCGCAGCAGCAACAGCAGCUACAGCAAAUGCAGAUGCAACCGGCCACCGGGCCGUCGUCCGUGGGUGGCGGCAGCAGCGUGUCCGGCACUAAGGACGGCAGUCCCAGAGACGAACGGGGCAACAGCCCGAUGAUGAACGUCAUCAACCCGUCGCAGCAUCACGCCAUCAUCACGCCGACGCGCGGCAUGAGCCCGCCGUCGUCGCAGACGGCCGCGCAACCGGUGCCGCCGCCGGUGUCUUCGAUGAGCACGCUCGCGUCCCGCAUACCCAUGGGAUUGUUCAACUCGUUGGUGCACCACUCGUCGCCGUUGGACCUGAUGGCCAUGGCCCACCACCACCAGCAGCAGCAACAGCAGCAACAACAGCAGCAACACCCGUCGUUGCAGCAACAGCAGCAGCAGCAGCAGCACCCACCGCGGUCGUAUAACAGCCCGCCGCCCAUCAGCAGCACCGAUCCGGCCGCCAACGAGUGCAAGCUGGUUGAGUACCGCGGCCAGAAAGUGGCCGCCUUCAUGAUCGCCGGUGACACCAUGCUGUGCCUGCCUCAGGCGUUCGAGUUGUUCCUCAAGCACUUGGUCGGCGGGCUGCACACCGUGUACACCAAGCUCAAGCGGCUGGACAUCGUGCCGCUCGUGUGCAACGUCGAACAGGUACGCAUACUCCGCGGAAUGGGAGCCAUACAGCCGGGCGUGAACAGGUGCAAGCUUCUGUCGUGCAAGGACUUCGACACGUUGUACAGGGACUGCACUACGGCCAGGUGCAUGAUGUCGCACAAGCCGACUGACAGUUCUCGACCAGGAAGACCACCGAAGAGAGCGUCGUCCGUAGGCCUUUCUCUGGCCGCGUCGGCCUCACAUUUAAGUCAUCAGCUGAAGAAACAUCGUCUCGAAAAUGGAGAUUACGUCGCCGGAGUUUAUGAAAACGGACAUUUGCAAGAUUCGCCUCGCAUGGAAAAAUCUCCACUGCUGGCCAACGGAUACAAUCACCCGCCCACGCACCUUGGACACAUGCAGUACAUGCAGCAGUUCAACCAUCACCAUCACCACCAUCCGGCGGCCACGCAUGCCAUCAUGAACCCUGCCGGUCUGUCGCAUCCCGCCCUUCCACGGCCCGACACGCAGCUACUCAAGAGCCAAGGGCUGUCCAUGGAAGCGUUAGCCAGUUCGGGCAUAUGGGAAAAAGCGUACGCCGGCUUCAUGAAACAACUAGAAAGGGCCAACGACGAACGAGUGGGCGACAUAAAUCGAGCGCUGAACUUUGAUCAGAAAGCAAGGGAUUUGACUUCGCAGAACGGUUCAUCCGAAGGGCACAGCCCCGUGUUGAAUCUUUCGAAAACGGGAGGGGAUCACUCGGGACCGGCCAGCGAUCACUCGGCUGGCGGCAAUACCAACGUCGACGACGAAGACGACCUGGACGAGGACGACGACAACAUUUCCGACGGCGAAGAAGACGACAUCAAAGAUCACGACCUCAGCGACAAUCCGGACGUGGGAGGUAAUAGCAGCGCGCACGGUAGCGUCACGCCCCCGCCACAGGCGUUGAACUUCGGUUCCGCCGGUUCCGGUGACAUGGGGUUGCCGUACAUGACCACCGAGUCGUUACUCCGGAAGAUACAAGCACUGCUGAAGGCCGCCGCCGACAAGAUUCGAGACGACGACCGCGCGUUGAACUUCGAAAAAGCCGAGUUGAAAAUGGACGUACUCCGUGAGAGGGAAGUCAAAGGAAGUCUAGAACGACAGUUGGUCGACGCCCAAAAGCUGCGGGUCGUUUACCAAAAGCGUCUCCGCAGAGAGAGGAAAGCCAGGAAACGCGUACAAGAUCAGCUGGAACAAGAGUUGAAGCGAAGGGCUCAGCUCGAGGAGAUGAUCAAAGCGGCCGGUGCACCAGCAGACGCACUCCGUAUACUAACAGAAAACAACAACGAAAAGCCGAGGGACAGGUCUGAACAGUCGCAGAGCCCGCAAAACUAUUCGUCGGGACCGGUGCAACGAGGUUCGGAGACGUCCAACGACAAGCAGUGGAACUAUUCGGGACUGGACCUGAUGAGUUCGUCCGGGGCCGCAGCUUUCUGGCAAAACUAUUCCGAAACGUUUGCCCAGGAGCUGGAUUUGGAACGAAAAGCCAGGCAGCAACAGUCUGCCCAACAGAAUCAACAGCAAAGCCAACACUCGGACAGAGACAUCAAGUCGCCCGUCCCAGACACCCGGGCCAAAUUCUUCAACAAUUCCGUCUUGUUCAGUACGGCAACAUAAUGCGUGUCUAGUAGUGGCACGCGUUCCAGGAAAACAGUUUGAAUAAAGUAAAAUAAAGAUAAAUAAAUAAUAAAAAAAAAAUAAAAACAAUUUGUACUUAAACAAUAUUAGUGAAGAUUUUCUCGUUUUGUAUCAUACAUAUAUUAUUAUUGUAGUUAUUAUUGUGUAAUGUAAUCGAUACGCGCGUUAGUAUUUUUUUUUUUUAA